CGUCCCCAGAUGGUGAAGGAGAAGAUCGAGGGCUGUCACGUGUGUACACUUGUGACCCCUGGGGAACCCCAGGUGUUGCUGGGUAAAGACAAGGCCUUCACGUACGACUUUGUGUUCGACAUCGACUCGGCACAGAAACAGAUCUAUGCUGCUUGCGUCCACAAACUCAUCGAGGGCUGCUUCGAUGGAUAUAACGCUACUGUGUUCGCCUACGGACAGACGGGCUCAGGGAAGACGUACACCAUGGGGACGGGGUUUGAUGUGAAUGUGCAGGAGGAGGAGCAGGGCAUUAUUCCACGGGCUGUUCACCAUCUGUUCCUGGGCAUCCAGGAGAGGAAGACACAGGCCCGGCAGCAGGGCACACACCCUCCUGAGUUUAAAGUCAGUGCACAGUUCCUGGAGCUGUAUAACGAGGAGAUCCUAGAUCUGUUUGACGGAGCCAGAGACCCAGACUGUAAGAACAGGAAGUCUAAUAUUAAGAUCCACGAGGACGGCAGCGGCUCCAUCUACACCAGCGGAGUCACCUCACGACUCGUCAACUCUGAGAAAGAGCUGUUAGAAUGUCUGAAGCUGGGAGCGCUGUCCCGCACCACGGCCAGUACACACAUGAAUGCAUUCAGUUCCAGGUCUCACGCCAUCUUCACCAUCAACCUCUGUCAGAUGAGAGUCUGCCAACAAACUGAGCUGAACGGAGUAGGAGGAGGAGAUGGAGGGUCUAUAGCCAAGCCUGAAUACGAGACUCUGAUGGCCAAGUUUCACUUUGUGGACUUGGCUGGAUCAGAGAGACUGAAACGCACCGGAGCGACAGGAGAGAGGGCACGAGAAGGCAUAUCCAUCAACUGUGGACUGCUGGCCUUGGGGAAUGUGAUCAGUGCUCUGGGGGACCAGGCUAAGAAAGGAGGCCAUGUUCCAUACAGAGACUCUAAACUGACACGUCUUCUACAGGACUCACUGGGAGGAAACAGUCGUACGGUGAUGAUAGCGUGUGUGAGUCCAUCUGACCGGGACUUCAUGGAGACCCUGAACACACUGAAGUAUGCUAAUAGAGCCAGGAACAUCAAGAACAAGGUGAUGGUGAACCAGGACAAGACCAGUCAGCAGAUAUCUGCUCUCAGGGCUGAGAUCGCCAGGCUACAGAUGGAACUGAUGGAGUAUAAAGGGGGUCAGCGUGUGAUGGGUGAGGACUGCGUGGAGGGCUUCAGUGAUCUGUUCCAGGAAAACUCUAUGUUACAGAGAGAGAACGACACGCAACGCAUGAGAGUCAAAGCUAUGCAGGAGACCAUCGACCACCUCAACACACGCGUCACCACGCUCCUCGCCAACGACGUCAGCACGCUCCUCGCCAAGUCAGGUGAGGGCAACGAGGAGAUUGGUGCUCUGAUCCAGAACUACAUCAGAGAGGUUGAGGAGCUCAGAUCCAAGCUCCUGGAGAGCGAGGCGAUGAACGAGUGUCUUCGUCGCAGUGUGACCCGUCUCUCUUCCCGCUCGCCGUUCCCUUCCUCCUCCCAUAGCUCCACCCUCGGGCCACACCCUUUAGGCUCCUCUCCCCAUUCCCUGUCAAUGGAGGCGGAGAUGACGGACGUAAUUCGCCGAGCCAAGAUGGACAUUGAGAGCCUGAAGAAGAAGGAGAGGAGACAGAGGAGGAUGAGCCCAGAGAAGGAGAAGGGGUUGAAGAAACAAGUGAAGCUUCCCUCUCAUAAUGGACAGGACGGACCGGACGGACAGAUGGACUCUAAAGAGAACUACACAGAGGACGGGAUGUCCCCUCUGCAGGAGGAGGAGAGUGGGUGUGAUGAGGAGGAGGAGGAGGAGGAGAGGGAUGAAGAUGAGUUUGACAGUGAUGAGAGUCUGGUGGACUCAGACUCUGAUGAGAAAGCUAACUUCCAGGCGGAUCUGGCCGACCUGACGUGUGAGAUUGAGAUCAAGCAGAAGUUAAUCGAUGAGCUGGAGAACAGUCAGAAGAGACUGCUGCAGCUCAAACUACAGUAUGAAGAGAAACUCGUCCUGCUGCAGAACAAAAUACGAGACACACAGCUGGAGAGAGACAGAGUACUACACAACCUCAUGUCCAUGGAGAACUACACGGAGGAGAAGGCUAGCAGGAUCAAGUCAGAUUAUGAGAAGAGGCUAAAGGAGAUGAACAGAGACCUGAUGAAGCUACAGGCGGCUCAGAAGGAACACGCUAGGCUACUGAAGAACCAGGGACGCUAUGAACGAGAGCUGAAGAAACUACAGCAGGAGGUCAACGAUAUGAAGAAAGCCAAGGUGGCGCUGAUGAAGCAGAUGAAGGAGGAGCAGCUGAGAAGGAGGAUGGUGGAAGCCAAGAGGAACAGAGAGAUCGCUCAGCUCAAGAAGGAGCAGCGACGACAGGAGUACCAGAUUAGGUCAUUGGAGAGUCAGAAGUGUCAGCAGGAGCUUGUCUUACGUAGAAAGAGUCAGGAAGUGACAGCGUUACGACGGCUGGCUAAACCCCUGUCUGGACGCAUGGCUCGACGGUUACAGCCCCUAGACUCUGGAGCAGAACUGUCUCCCAGCACCACCUCCUCUGAACUAGAGACCACUCCAACCAAUGUGUCCAACAUAGUGAGACAGUGGAACACCAAGAUGAACGGCUACCUGGGACAGAGCGAAGGGGUGACCACCAACGGGACACGGGUUGCUAUUGUCAGAUUCAAUAAAAGGGGUCUGAGGGGUAGUACCAGUUUCACCAAGGCAGCCCGUCAGAAGUGGCAAACACUGGAGAGGAGGAUCCUGGACAUCGUCAUGCAGAGGAUGACCAUCACCAACGUAGAGGCCGACAUGGACCGACUCAUCAAGAAGCGUGAGGAGCUGUCCUUGCAGCAGGAGGCACUGUUGCGUAAGAGGGAGGUGCUAAUGGCGGAGGGGGAGGGGCCUGACACAGAGGACCGCCUUGUCCAGGAAAUGAACGAGGACAUUGAGGUUUUGAACGCAAAUAUUGACUAUAUCAACGACAGCCUAUCAGACUGCCAAGCUACCUUCAUACAGAUAGAGGAAACCAAGGAGGAGCUGGACUCAGUGGACACCUCAGUGGUCAUCAGUUCCUGCUCUCUGGCCGAGGCCCGGCACCUGCUGGACCACUUCCUCAAGGCCUCCAUUGACAAGGGGUUACAGGUGGCUCAGAAGGAGUCUCAGAUCCGUCUGUUGGAGGGUCAGCUGAGACAGACAGAUGUGAUUGGCUCUGCCCACAACCACAUCAUCCUGGAUGCGCUGAGAGAGAAAGCUGAGUUUAUCCCUGAGCUGCAGGCACUCAUCCACAACGUGCAGCAGGAGAAUGGUUAUGUCAGCACUGAUGAGGAGCCGUCAGAAUUUAGCCAGGCCUUGGAUGGCAGUGUGUUUCAGAUGAAGUUUUCAGCCAGUCAGGAUGACUUCAAGAGGACGACGGAGCCUCGUCUGUCAGCCCAGAUGAAGGCGGUAUCAGCAGAGUACCUGUGUCCCGUGUUAGACCCCUCUACUAAGAACAUCACUAAGUCCCUGGCCUCCCUGACAGACAUCCAGGAGAACGGGACCAGUAUGAGCCUCACCCUCCCUAUCUUCAGAGACCGGAUGUCCAGGACCAUCAACCUGCCCGUCAGGGGGCACACCUUUCCCAGACAGUCUCGCGGUGGUGACACCUCCCCUCUAACAAGAAGGAAGUCUUAUGACCGAGGCCAGUCUUCCAGAAAUGCUGAUGGGUUCACUCCCCCCUCCUCCCCCCCUCUUAGAACCCGUAACGACCGCAAUGUCUUCUCAAGGCUCACCAGCAACCAGAGUCAGGGCUCUGCACUGGACAAGUCAGAUGACAGCGACUCCACUCACUCUGAGGUUCUCAGGGGUGUGAUCAGUCCCACGGGGGGUGUGAAGGGAGGGCGGACUGCGCCCCUCCAGUGUUCUGCCGUGGCAGAGGGACACUCUAAACCUGUCCUCUGUGUGGACGCUACAGAUGAACUGCUCUUUACGGGAUCUAAGGACCGGACGUGUAAGAUGUGGAACCUGGUGACGGGACAGGAGAUCGUCACGUUGAAAGGCCAUCCCAACAAUGUGGUGUCAGUCAAAUACUGUUCCUCCUCCUGCCUCGUCUUCUCAGUCUCCACCUCAUACAUCAAGGUCUGGGACAUACGAGACUCCGCCAAGUGUGUCCGCACCCUCACGUCUUCAGGCCAGGUGAUAUCGGGGGAUGCGUGUGCUGGUACCACGACCCGUACCAUCACGGUGGCACAGGGUGAAUACCAGAUGAACCAGAUCGCCCUCAACCCCUCUGGCUCUGUCCUCUAUGCUGCCGCUGGCAACACCGUACGCACCUGGGACCUCAACCGGAUGACGGCGUUAGGGAAGCUGACAGGUCACAUAUGUUCAGUGAUGUGUCUGACUGUAGGUCAGUCUGUCCAGGGCAGAGACCAGGUGGUCACCGGCUCCAAGGACCACUACGUCAAGGUAUUUGAUGUGGCAGAGGGCAUGCUGGGUAACAUAGGCCCAUCCCAUAACUUUGAGCCUCCUCACUACGACGGGAUCGAGUGUCUGGCCAUCCAGGGGGACGUGCUGUUCAGCGCGUCACGAGACAACGGCAUCAAGAAGUGGGACCUGGAGCAACAAGAACUCACACAGCAAAUCCCCAACGCCCAUAAGGACUGGGUGUGUGCACUGGCCUAUGUUCCAGGUCGGCCCAUGCUGCUGAGUGCAUGUCGGGGGGGCAUGCUGAAGGUGUGGAACGUUGACAACUUCACACCCAUAGGAGAGGUCAGGGGUCACGAGAGCCCUAUCAACGCCAUCUGCACCAACUCACGACACAUCUUCACCGCUUCCAGUGACUGCAGGGUGAAGUUAUGGAGCUAUGUCCCGGGUUUGACCCCCUGUCUACCUCGACGGGUUCUGGCCAUCAAGGGUCGCGCUACCAGCCUCCCGUGA